CCGAGCGCAGACACAAAAGGACCAAACGAAGAUGCGGAACAUCGUGAUGCGUCAAUCUCGGCAACCAUCUGUCUAAAUGACUGUCCACGGCUGACGUUGGUCAGUCUUUUGGAGGAUUUCUUUUGCUUCUGAGGGAAAGCGGCGAGGAAGGCCGGCUGGGAGACAACGAGCUCGGAUACCCAAUACCUCCUGAGGAUGCAUAUGGGGUUCACAUCAAUGAGUGUGGAGUGAGUGGUUCUUAAGGGUGACCCUCCCAGCCUGGCUUUUUAGAACUCACUUCCAGUUUGGAUGACACCAAAACUCUGAGAACCAUGGACAUUUUGACCCGGGCAGGAAGUGUGCUGUCCGUCACCCUCUGCUUCUCCCUUCUGAAUUUGGCUGGGGCUUUGGUGGACACAGAUGACGUGCUGACCAAAGAAGAACAGAUGUAUUUGCUAGACAAAGCGAAAGCAAAUUGUCACAGGGAGAUCCGUGCCCAGCAAGAGAGUGUGAAAGAUGAGAAUUGCUUGCCUGAGUGGGAUGGAAUUAUUUGCUGGCCGAAAAGCUUCUCCAAUGAACUGGUGGCAGUCCCAUGUCCGGAUUACGUCUAUGACUUCAACCAUGAUGGUCAUGCCUACCGAUACUGCAAUGGCAACGGGACUUGGGACUUGGUACCCACCAUGAACAAGACAUGGGCCAAUUAUACAGAAUGUGCCAUCUUCUUUGCCCCGGAACAACAGAAGAAAGAGAAGGAGGUGUUUGACCGCCUGCACAUCAUAUAUACCAUUGGCUACUCCAUCUCCCUUGCCUCUCUUGUGGUGGCCAUGUUCAUCCUUUGUUAUUUCAAGCGACUCCACUGCACUCGGAAUUACAUCCAUCUCCACCUCUUUGCUUCCUUCGUUUGCCGAGCGACAAGCAUCUUUGUGAAGGACGUCGUGCUGUAUUCCAGCACCAUCCCAGAGGGACCGGAAAAAGGACAUAUUGGGGACUGGAAUGCUGAAGAGCUCAACCUCUCUUGGGGACCUAAGAAAACUCAGCUGGCAGGCUGCAAGGUGGCUGUAACCAUUUUCCUUUACUUCUUGGCCACCAACCAUUACUGGAUCUUGGUUGAAGGUCUCUAUCUACACAGCUUGAUCUUCAUGGCUUUCCUCUCGAACAAAAGCUAUUUGUGGGCCCUUACCCUCAUCGGUUGGGGGGUGCCUGCUGUCUUUGUGUCAAUAUGGGCCAGUGUCAGAGCAUCUUUGGCAGAUACACAGUGUUGGGACCUCAGCGCUGGACGCAUGAAAUGGAUCUACCAAACCCCAAUCUUAGCAGCAAUUGUGGUCAAUUUCUUCCUCUUCCUCAACAUUGUGAGAGUCCUGGCAUCCAAACUGUGGGAAGCGAAUGCAGGAAAAUUGGACCCCCGCCAGCAGUAUAGGAAGCUCCUGAAAUCUACUCUGGUAUUGAUGCCCCUGUUUGGUGUCCAUUAUGUGGUGUUUAUGGCCAUACCUUACACAGAUGUCUCCAGCACCCUGUGGCAGAUUCAGAUGCACUAUGAGAUGCUCUUUAAUUCUUUACAGGGUUUCUUUGUGGCUUUCAUUUACUGCUUUUGCAAUGGCGAGGUACAAGCUGAAAUUAAAAAAGCCCGUUUCCGGAGAAACCUGGUCCUAGACAUCAAGCAGAAAACCAGAGUGACCAGCACAGGGGGUAGCUACUAUUACGGAGGGCUUGUGUCUCACGUCACCAACAGCGUGAGUCUGAGCAUGGCGGGCUGGGGGACAGCCUCAACAGCCGUUGCCUUGCCUCUGGGAGCCAAGAGCUGGCUGCUACAACUUACCCCCGCUUCUACAGCUGCCCUGGAAUACACAUCUGGUUCUCCUACACUGCCCAGGCCUCCCAGCCAAGAGAUGACUGAGACAGCCUUUGAGGAGAACCUAAAGGCAUUAAGGAGGUCCCUCGAAUCAGAGGGAAGCCACUCUGGCCUCAAGAAGGAGCUCGAGACAAUGUUGUGAAAAAGCCCAGAAGACGACCAGCUGGGUUAAGACUGGGCCACAGAAUCGGCAGGCGAGAGAAUUUUGGCGCUGCAAGAUAUUCAACUGAGGCUUUACAUAGAGGAGCAAUUUGAAUCUGUAGGCCUAGAAUUAAGGGCACUUCAUUGUAAAGGCUCUUUUGGCUUAGCUGUAUUAUUGUAAUGAGGAAUAAAGCACGCAAGGCGUUUCUUUCUUGCAA